AUGAGCUCCAGUAGGAGGAUGCCGAACCCGAAGACGUCCGUCUUCUCCGACGACUGCCCCGUGGAGAGAUACUCCGGCGCGAUGUGGCCCACGGUUCCCCUCACCGCCGUCGUCACGUGAGAGUCCCGGUGGUCCAGAAGCUUCGCCAGCCCAAAGUCCCCCACCACCGCCUCGCAGCCGUCGUCAAGGAGAAUGUUCGCCGCUUUCACGUCUCUGUGGAUUAUCUUGGGGUCGCACUGCUCGUGAAGAUACAGCAACCCUCUUGCUGCUCCGAGGGCUAUCCUUUUCCUUGUGACCCAACUCAACGCCGGUUUCCCUGCAGAAAUAGAUAG